UGGCGGUUGAGGUGACAGCUUCUCGCCCCGCGAGGGUUCGAAAGGCGGGCAUGCGCACGCGUCUCCUCACCCACCCAGCCCCCCGUCGACGCGCUAACGGAUCGUCGCCGCCUCCUCCUCCUCCUCCUGCUCCUGCCUGGAGCGCGCGCGGAUCCUCAGCUCCCAAAGAAGAAGAAGGAGCCAUUUUAUUUUCCUCAGAAAGCGCGGCAUUUCCACUCCCGAAGAUGGCGGCGGGCUGUCUUUUCGAUGCGCGCGCGCCGCCGCCGCUGCUCCCUCGCCGGCCGGCUCCUUACUUUUUUUUUCUCUUUUCCCGCGAUUUUUCAGGAAUUUUAACGUAUUCUUAAACCGUCGGUUGUCUUCUUUUGCAAAUGGUCUCUCUUAUACCGAAGUGCUCCUGGCUUUUGAUAUACAAGUUGUGUUGACCGUCUUGUCAUCGCCUCAGCUUUUUUUCCCCUCGGGGGGAUAAAAUUAACCGCUAUUUAAAAAAAAAAAUCCGCGGUUCUCUCUCGCGUCCGGUCAUAAAUUCGGAGUUGAGGAGGGGGAAAAGGUGGUUGCGAUGGUUCUGAAAAGAAUAACAGGAGUUUUGAGCUUUUCGGCAAUCUUUGCGUUAUAAUGAACUAAUUUGCGGAUUCCGUGAUACAGUAGCACGAUAUUGUAUGUAUUUUUGUGUCUGUGUGUAGAAAAUUUUACACACAUCAAUAUUUUUUUUAAAAAAAAUGUCAGUUCUUACUCGCCUGCGUUUCUUGGAUCACAAAAUCGCAAGAAUUGUUACUAGAUGAAUGUUGGCUCAACUAGAGAGUUCAGUAUAUCAUUAUGGGAAUUUAUGAUAUUUUUAAUAGCAGUGUUGACAACUACAUUGUUAACGCAUUGUAAAUGGGCAUUGUUAGGUAAUGAGAAGUCAAAGUGGAAAUUCCAUCCAUUGUCUGCUAUCUGAUGCAUUCAGGAUUCUAAUCAAAACAAAUUUUUACUAUAUAACUUACACAGGGGGGUUAGUAUUGGUUGCUAUUGAUAUUACUAAUUAAGAUGGAGAGCAAAAGAAAAGAAAUAAUUGGCUGUGCUUUGUUUAUUUUCAUGACUGCAUGUGACAGCCUAUACAUGACCUCUUCUGAUCCCCAUUACAUUGUGUUUUGUUUCUUUAUAGGUGAUAAAAAGUCAAUUUUUAAAUGCAGCUUAGCCAACAAGGAACGCAUUUCAGUGAAGGCAGUUGGGCUUGGAUCUGUGGUUCUUAUUUUUUCCAAUUUUCUUAAUUUUUUGUUAAGAAUUUUCUUAAUUCUUAAAACUGGGGAGGGGGGGAACCCUUCAGAACACAAAUCAGAACAUCUGAUGUCAUUCUCUUAAUAAAGCCCUUCAGGAAUUUUACUUUUUCGUAUUAUGGAAGAAAUGUUGUUCUUUGUUCAUGUGGUUGCUUCCAUUCCAUUUUUACAUCACACAAUUUUGAUAACUUAGAAGAAUAAGAACUCCAUCCCUUCCGAUCCAGAACUAGCAUUUGGAGGGACCCUCCCUUCCUUUCCGUGCCUGGCCGGCUUCUUUGGACAGAAGGAGAGGGGGGGUGGCCCCGAGGGCGGAAUCCGGCAGCAUGUCCGAAGAGGCGCUCCUGAGCAUGGACGAAGGCACGCUCCGGAAACUGCUGGAAGCCACUCUGGACUUCUCUGAGCGCAGGCAGAUCCGUUCGGCCAUCCGGGAGCUACGCCGGCAGGAGCUGGAGCGCGAUGAGGAGACGCUGGCGUCCAAGCGCUCCCGGACGGAGCGGCAGGAGAACAAGGAGAACCGGCUGAGGUCCUGGCAACAAGAGGAGGAACAGCGGCAGCAAAAGUCUCUGGACGCCCUUUCGAGAAAGCUGGAGACCAUCCAGGAUGUGGAGGAGCUGACCAGCUUGCUGCGAGGAACCAGCGAGUACGAAGAACGUAAACUCAUCCGGGCUGCUAUCCGCCAGCUGCGCGCAGAAGAAAUUGAAGCUGCAAAGUUGGCGGGGAAAGCUUUCCAUUACCAAAGGGCCACCGACACGGCUCGGGCAUCCAAGGAGCAAGGCGAACAUGCUGCAGGGGACAGAAACGCCCAGGUGCAGAACCGAGCGGGGCAGGAGGUGAUCGAAAGCCAGAUCCGGGAGCAGCUGGAUCCCAAGGCGGACGAUGGUCCAGAGUCUUCUUUGGGGACCGUUCUGCUCCUGGAAGCCGUCCCCAGCCACCGGCCUUCCGAGUCGGCUCCUUUCCCAGACAGCGAGGCGAGCGGUGAAGACCCCAGGCUCAAUUCCCAUGAGCAGGAUUCCGGCUCCCAACCACAGCCUUCUUCCCAGGAGGAGGAGGAGGAAGAGAAGGAGGAAGAAGAAGAUGGAUUCCUGGCACCCUGCAAAGUCCAGGAGGGGCUGAACUCCUCCGAAGGGGAAGCUUCCAGGAAAGAGGAACAGCUGGAGAUGGGCAGCGUUGUAGGGGAGGCCCCCCCAAAAGAAGAGCCCCUCCUGAGCCAGGAGAGAGAGAUUGUGCCUCAGGCCCCAGAAGAGGGAAGAGAAGGUGCUGCUGGCCAGGAGGGAGACAGGCCAGCAACUGGAGCCUCCCAAAUGGUAGAAACGGACAGCUACAACGUUCCUCCAAAGCCACCUGAUGCAGAGCCGUGCCGGGAGCAGCAGCCCUUCCAAAGAGCCGGCUCCAUCCGCGAGCGCGCUCGCAAAUUCACCUCGGACCCCCCAAACCCUCCAGCUGCGCCCCCCAAGGGAGAAAAGGCCGGCAGAGGGCCACCCGCCCUGCCACAACACCAUCUUCUGCCUUCCCAUCACGCGGCCAACUCACCCUUGCGGGACCGUGGCGGCACUGCCGUUCGGACGCUCCAGGCUGGCAGCAAGGUGCAGGAGGCAGCCCGGACCGGCCCUUCUCACUCCAAGGCGGGAGCGGGCAGCAGGCCCCCUUCGCAGGCUCCGUCCAUCCCUAAAGAGGCAGGCGGUCCCCAAGGGCGGAUCCAGGGCAGCCAAUGGCAGGAGAGGAAGCUGGGCCCCGCCCGGUCCGGCGUUGAAAAUGCCAAGGGGGGACCCACGGACUCAGAGGUGCUCCGUAACCAGCAAAGCGGCUCGGCCCACAACCCGGCAGCCUCCCUGCUCCGCCGUCCGGCUGCCCACCCUGACGACGAGAUGAAGACCCUCCUGACCAUUGAAAUCAAGGACAGCCGCCAUCAGCCUCUGCGGGGCCACCUGGCGGGACCCCCCGGGAACCAGCGAGCAGAGCUCACCUUGGGACUGAGGAACUCCCCGCUGCGAAUCACCACCUCCAGCCAUGGCAGCUCCAGCGGCAGCUUUCAGAAGAUGGAUGCCGAGAUACCGACGCAGCCCAAGGCGGCCCUGCUGACCAGGACGGAGAAGGAGAAGGUGCAGGAGGAGCGAAAACCGAACCGACUGAGCGCUGAGGAGCUGAGCAAAAUUGAGGAAGAAGAUGUCUUGGAUAAGAUGCUGGACCAGACCAGAGACUUUGAGGAACGACGGCUGAUCCGGGCAGCCAUGCGGGAUCUGCGCCAGCGGAAGCGAGACCAGCGAGAGAAGGAGCGGAACCAGCGGCUGCAAGAGGCCAAGGCGAAGGGGGGCUCUCACACCACAGAGACCACCUCCCAGCAAAGCAGGACCUCCGCGGACGGCUCGGCAGUCAGCACAGUCACCAAGACUCAGCGCCUCAUGCAGUCCAAUGAUGGCAACAAAGCGUCCCACACAAUCACAAUGGAAGCAAGCUACACAAAGAGAUCAGAAAAAGAUGGCAACACUUUUGUCCAGACCAAAUCCUACAGCUCGUCGUCUUCCAAGAAAGUGGGCAGCAUCUUCGAACGAGAGGAUCCGAGCCCCAGGUCCGGGAGCAGUCUAACUGACUUGGAGCGGCGCCAAGCCGAGAGGAAGAAGGAGAUCAUGAAGGCCCAGGCCAUGCCCAAGAUGUCUGCCUCGCAGGCACGCAAGGCCAUGAUCGAGAAGCUGGAGAAGGAGGGCGGGAGCCCCGCCAACCCUGCGAUGGCCCGGGUGGGAGUCCAGCGCUCUUCCAGCUUCGGGGUCCCCAAUGCCAACACCAUCAAGCAGAUGCUUCUGGACUGGUGCCGCGCCAAGACGCGGGGUUACGAGCACGUGGACAUCCAGAACUUCUCCUCCAGCUGGAGCGACGGCAUGGCCUUCUGCGCUCUCGUCCACAACUUCUUCCCUGAGGCUUUUGAUUACACGCAACUCUCACCCCAGGACCGGAGGCACAACUUUGAGAUGGCCUUCUCCGCAGCUGAGAUGCUGGUGGAUUGCGUCCCGCUGGUGGACGUGGAAGACAUGAUGAUCAUGGGGAAACGUCCGGAUGCGAAAUGCGUCUUCACCUACGUCCAGUCCCUCUACAACCACCUGCGGCGUCACGAGCUUCAGCGGCGUCAGGCGCACCUGUAGCCUUCUCCUCUUCCGAGAGACCCCACCCUUCAAACGGCUGGACGGGCAGUCGAGGAGGGGUGGGCAGCUUCCCCCACUCUUCCCCACUCCUCACCUCCUCCUCUUCUGGGUGGGGGGAGGCUUGAGUAGCACCUGUGCCCCCUCACCGCAGGCCAGCCGUUGGCAAUUUGGACCACACCAAGGAUCGGGUGGGGCCGCCCACCCCAGAAAAAUGGGACCAGGAUGGUUUGGCGGCCAACUUUGCACUGCACCUGCUUUUUAUACCAAGGUUGUUUUGAUUGUGGCUUGUAAGUUAUUCUGUUUUUUUUAAAAAAAAAGAAGAAGAAGCCCAUAGCCCCCACCCACCCACGCUCAGUCCUGACGGUACAAGCGACCCUGGGCCUUGCAAGAGAUCUACUGGAGAUCAGCUUAACAGUUCACGUGUUGUGUGACCCCCCCACGUUGUGGAAACACAGGCUAGUUCAUUUGAUUGCAGCAGCUUUUCCCCUCCUCCCCUCGUUCCUAGGGACCCACCCCACCCCGCUGAAGGAAAGCCAAUCUGGGGGCCGCGUGUAGAAACCCCUCUUAGGGGGGGAACUUUCACAUCCGCCUCGGGUUCGCCACCAGCAUAGCCCAGCCUGAUCACGGAGAGCCGUGUGUUUUCACUUUUUUUUUUUUUCCCGCCGGUUUGUCACGGGGAGAAAG